AUGAAUGCACAGGCACAUAUGUCGGGACAAAUAUCUGGGCAGGUGCCCAAUCAGGCAGGUUCUCAGUUGCCUGUGCUUCCCCAACAUAACGGAAAUGUUCCUUCCCAAAUGCAAAAUGUAGGGGGGCCUCCUCGUGCCAUGUCCAGUAUGGACCCCGAGCUCAUCAGAGCACGUCAAUUUAUGCAAGAGAAGAUCUGCCAUGUUAUACAGCAGCGACCACUUCCCCAGCUGAUGAAUGAAAAGAAGUUCAGGGAUAUUGUCAAACGCUUGGAGGAGGGUUUGUUGAGAUCAGCUGUCACCAAGGAGGAUUAUAUGAACUUGGACACGUUAGAGAGCCGUUUGCAUAAUUUGAUCAAGCGUCCUACUCAGACCAAUCAGAGCCAACAGUAUCCACAGCUUGUUAAUUCUUCUUCUCCUGUUGGCACGAUGAUACCGACUCCUGGCAUGUCACACAGUGGGAACUCAAAUAUGAUGGCUAAUUCUUCCGUGGAUGCUUCUAUGAAUACGACUGGUGGAACUACUAGCAUGUCGGCCACACCAGUCAGCACAGGAAACAUGUUGCCAGGUGGUGGCUUACAUGGUUCGUUCAGUAGAGCUGACGGUUCUAUGUCUAACGGAUAUCAGCAGUCUCCUGGCAAUUUCUCCAUUGGCUCUGGAGGAAACAUGUCGUCAAUGGGUUCACAAAGAAUUGCAAGCCAAAUGAUUCCUACUCCUGGGUUUAACAACAAUACAAAUCAGUCUUACAUGAAUUUGGAAUCCUCUAAUAAUAGUGGUGGUGGGUUCUCUACUGUUGAUACUUCAAUGCUAACGCAACCACAACAGCAAAAACAGCAUAUUGGCGGUCAAAAUAGUCGUAUGCUUCAUAACCUUGGCAGCCAAGGGACAAGUGGAAUGAGGUCUGGCUUGCAGCAGAAAUCAUAUGGGGUGUCAAAUGGGGCUAUAAAUGGUGGAAUGGGAACAAUCGCAAACAAUCUACCAAUUGUUAACGAAACUGGCAUUUCAGAUAGCUAUCUGAACUCCUCAGCUUAUGCCAAUUCUUCCAAGCCCUUACAGCAACACUUUGAUCCGCAUCAGCGGCCUGUAAUGCAAGGUGAUGGCUACGGCAUAAACAAUGCUGAUUCUUUUGGGUCUGGAAAUUACUACGGUGGAGCAGCUUCUGUUGGGUCAGUGAUGAAUCCUCAAAAUUUGAAUUCAGUCAGCAUGACACCUGUAUCCAAGACCAGCUCUCCACUUAUAAGUAAUCAGUCCAAUAUGCAUAACGGUAUGCUUCAAUCUCAUCAGCACCAGCAAUUUCAGCAGCAACCCAGUCAAUUUCAACAGCAGCAGCAAUUAGCUCACCAUCAACGACAACAGAAGCAGCAAAAUCAGCAAGCCCAGCAUUUGUCAAGUACUGAUGCUUUUGUUCAGUCUCCAAUGAUAUCUGACCUAAGCAGUCAAGCAAAGCGUGAUAAUGAAGUUAUGCACUCACAAACAGAUCAGUUCCAAAUGUCAGAGAUGCAGAAUCAAUACCAUCAGCAGUCUGCUGAAGAUCGCUUGAGGAAUGCUCAGCAUAACUCAUCUGGUCAGCAUGAUCUCUCCUCGUCGUUGGCCCAAACGUCUCAGCAAAUGCAGCAAAUGUUGCAUCCUCACCAAUUGAUUGCAGAGACUCGAAAUGAUUUCAGUUCUCUUUCUGUUGGAGCUCAAUCAGAACCAGCACUUCAGGGUCAAUGGCGUUCUCAAUUGCAAGAUGGGAGUCAGAGGCAGGUUCAUAUGUCACAAGAGCAUCAUGUCCAAGAAGAUUUCCGUCAGAGAUUAUCUAGGCAAGAUGAAGCUCAGUGUAAUAAUCUUUCUUCGGAAGGACCUAAUAUUGGCCAAACUGUUGCUUCGAGAAGCACAUCUAAUCCCGAAAUUCAUGAGCGGUUCAGAAAUCAACAGAAAUGGCUUUUGUUCUUGCGCCAUGCUCGUAAAUGUCCAUCUCCUGAAGGGAAAUGUAAAGAAUUUCAUUGUUUAGCAGCUCAAAGAUUGUUGAAGCAUAUUGGAAGAUGCCAUGAUGAGCAAUGCCCUAUUCCUCAAUGUCCUCGCACCAAAAAGCUGGUUCGUCAUCACAGGAGUUGCUUGGAUUCAGCUUGCCCGGUUUGUGUUCCUGUCAAGAAUUAUAUUCAGACACAUAAUAAGGUGCCGAUCCAAUUUCCUGAAUCUGGUGUCCAGAAAUCAAUAAAUGGAUCUUCUAAAGCCUAUGAUAGCGUCGACACUUCUGCUAGAUUGAUGACUAAGACGCUUCCAGUUGUUGAGACUUCUGAAGAUCCGCAACCAUCUAUGAAACGCUUGAAGAUAGAGCAGUCCUCUCAACCUAUUGUUCCUGAUUCUGUAAGUAAUGCAGUAACAGUUUCUGCAAAUAAUGAACCCCAUGUAUCCCAGGAUAUACAGAUUCAGGAUUUCCAACAUAGUGAAAUUUCUAUGCCAAUCAAAUCUGAGUUUACCGAAGUGAAAAUGGAAGCUCCUUUAAGUUCCGGACAAGGGAAUCUUGAUGAGAUGAAGGAUAGUUUUGAGGAGAACUGCAAUCAGAGGCAGGAUGGUGUGCCUGCCCCUUAUAAUGAGCCUGCUGGUUUAGCUAAGCAAGGAAGCGUUAAACUUGAGAAAGAAUCUCAUCCAGCUAAAGAAGAAAACGCUAUGCAGACUGCGGAAAAUCCAGCUGGAACCAAGUCUGGGAAGCCUAAAAUAAAGGGCGUGUCGUUGACUGAAUUGUUUACUCCGGAGCAAGUCAGGGCCCAUAUUACGGGUCUCAGACAGUGGGUUGGCCAGAGCAAAGCAAAGGCAGAGAAGAACCAAGCAAUGGAGCAUGCAAUGAGUGAGAACUCCUGUCAGUUGUGUGCAGUAGAGAAGCUUACUUUUGAACCACCACCCAUGUAUUGCACACCUUGUGGUGCUCGAAUAAAGCGCAAUUCUAUGUAUUAUACAAUGGGGGCCGGUGACACACGGCAUUAUUUCUGUAUUCCAUGCUAUAAUGAGGCUCGUGGAGAUACAAUAGUUGUUGAUGGGACUCCCAUUCCAAAGGCAAGGCUAGAGAAGAAGAAAAAUGACGAGGAAACAGAAGAAUGGUGGGUCCAAUGUGACAAAUGUGAAGCUUGGCAACAUCAAAUCUGUGCUCUGUUCAAUGGCCGAAGAAAUGACGGUGGGCAAGCUGAGUACACUUGCCCUAAUUGCUAUAUACAAGAGGUUGAAAGGGGAGAGCGUAAGCCAUUACCACAGAGUGCUGUUUUGGGGGCCAAAGACUUACCGAGGACAAUACUCAGUGACCACAUAGAGCAACGCCUAUUUAAGAAACUAAAGGUGGAAAGACAAGAGAGGGCAAGACAGCAGGGGAAAAGUUAUGAUGAGGUUCCUGGAGCAGAAUCACUUGUUGUUAGAGUUGUUUCAUCUGUCGACAAAAAAUUGGAAGUGAAGCAGCGGUUUUUAGAAAUAUUCCAAGAAGACAAUUAUCCUACAGAAUUCCCAUAUAAAUCCAAGGUUGUACUACUGUUCCAGAAAAUUGAAGGUGUAGAAGUAUGCUUAUUCGGCAUGUAUGUUCAAGAAUUUGGAGCUGAAUGUCAAUUUCCAAAUCAGCGCCGUGUUUAUCUAUCGUAUUUGGAUUCCGUUAAGUAUUUCAGGCCUGAGGUUAAGGCGGUUACUGGAGAAGCUCUCCGUACAUUUGUUUACCAUGAAAUUCUAAUUGGAUACCUCGAAUAUUGCAAACUACGUGGGUUUACAAGCUGCUACAUUUGGGCAUGUCCUCCAUUGAAGGGUGAAGAUUAUAUUUUAUAUUGUCAUCCGGAAAUCCAGAAAACACCGAAAUCUGAUAAGCUUCGUGAAUGGUAUUUGGCAAUGCUUAGGAAAGCUUCUAAAGAAAGCAUUGUAGUUGAGCUCACUAAUUUAUACGAUCAUUUCUUUGUAAGUAAUGGGGAAGGAAAGGCUAAGGUCACUGCAGCUAGGUUGCCCUACUUUGAUGGUGACUAUUGGCCCGGUGCUGCAGAGGAUCUCAUUUUCCAAAUGCGUCAAGAUGAGGAUGGGAGAAAACAGAAUAAAAAGGGAUCAACCAAGAAGACUAUAACAAAAAGGGCUCUAAAAGCAUCUGGGCAGACUGAUCUCUCUGGUAACGCGUCAAAGGACCUGCUCCUAAUGCACAAACUUGGUGAAACUAUUAGCCCGAUGAAGGAAGAUUUCAUCAUGGUUCAUUUGCAGCAUGCAUGCUCUCACUGCUGUAAACUAAUGGUAUCUGGAAAACGUUGGGCUUGUAACCAAUGCAGAUAUUUUCAGCUGUGUGAGAAGUGUUAUGAAACAGAGCAGAAACGGGAUGAUAGAGACAGACACCCUACGAAUAUGAGGGAUAAACAUGAUUUCCGUCCAUAUGACAUCACUGAUGUACCAGUGGAUACGAAGGACAGAGAUGAGAUUCUUGAGAGUGAAUUCUUUGACACUAGACAGGCGUUUCUGAGUCUCUGUCAAGGGAAUCAUUAUCAGUAUGAUACUUUACGGAGGGCUAAACAUUCCUCUAUGAUGGUGCUUUACCAUCUUCAUAAUCCAACUGCUCCUGCAUUUGUGACAACAUGCAAUAUAUGUCAUCUCGACAUUGAAGCAGGUCAAGGCUGGCGUUGUGAAGUUUGCCCUGAAUAUGAUGUUUGCAAUAGUUGUUAUCAGAAGGAUGGUGGUGUGGAUCAUCAUCAUAAAUUGACAAAUCAUCCAUCCAUUGCUGACCGUGAUGCACAGAAUAAGGAAGCUAGGCAAAUGCGAGUUGUACAGCUUCGGAGAAUGCUUGAUCUUCUAGUGCAUGCAUCACAAUGUCGUUCUGCACAAUGUAUGUAUCCCAAUUGUCGCAAGGUCAAGGGACUUUUCCGCCAUGGAAUUCAGUGUAAAGUUCGUGCAUCUGGAGGUUGUGUUCUCUGUAAAAAAAUGUGGUACCUCCUGCAACUUCAUGCUCGAGCAUGCAAAGUAUCGGAGUGCCAUGUGCCUCGUUGCAGAGAUCUAAAAGAACAUUUGAGGAGGCUGCAGCAACAGUCUGAUUCAAGGCGAAGAGCUGCUGUGAUGGAGAUGAUGAGACAGAGAGCUGCUGAGAUAAACAAUUCUGGGUAAUAAGACUGUAAAUAUAAGAUUAAAAGUCUUGGAGGAAAAACAAUUUGGAUGGGGAUAGUAAUUUUCUGCUGCUUCCUAAACUACUUGGAAGGGGUGACACCGGAAGGAGCACUCAUAGAAAGACUAGAUGGGAGCAUCUUACCAUACAGCAUAUCGGUUUAUACUCACUUUUUAGGGAACAAUUCUUUGGUACUCAUCUCCAUGACUCAUCGUCCCCAAGAGAAGACAUGCAAAAAUGAUCAACUCGAGCUUGCCCUCUUCAACAGCUGACAACAAUGCCCGUUGAAGUGAUGUGUUCUCCUCUGUCUGGCCAAGUUCAGUGAUUCUUUAAUUUUAUCCUCUUGUUGUAGUUCAUGAAAUGCCAUUUGGCAAAUGUACUAUAUCAUAUUUCUUACAAAGAAAUGUGGGAGGGAGGUUAGUUUCAGGUCAAUGUUUUUCCGCUUCCUUCCCCCCUGUAGUAUUGUGUUGUUAAUUGAAUGAAUAAGUAGAUUCGUCGAUACUGUCUCAGUUCUCAUUGUCAUUGAAUCCCAUAAUGUUAAUAUAUAUAGUCCACAGUAUUUCCAUUUCAA